UUAACAACACAUGGAAGACUUUUGCACAGACUCUGUUUGAUGCUACUGUUUGAAUGAAAUAAAAGAACUUCAUACAAAAUGGAAGCUGCCACUACAGAAGGGAAAAGAUUGCACUUCAGGCUUAAAAUCUUUUCAUUGAUCCAUGAACCAUUUCCAGGUUCCUUUCCUACGUCUAACUGUCAGGCUUGAAAAAUAACAUGCUGCCUCAGUGGGACAAAGAGAUGCUAAUGGUAAGAAGGCUUUUUAUUCACACGGCUGAAUAGAAGAGUUCCAGGAACAAUGGCUUCAAAAGUUUCGUGCUUGUAUGUCCUCACGGUAGUUUGUUGGGCAAGUGCGCUUUGGUACUUAAGUAUAACACGUCCCACUUCAUCCUACACAGUCCACAGAACUUAUGACAGCAUCUCAAUGGCUAGAAAAAAUGUCUCCUUUGGCAACAUAAGGACUCGACCAAUCAAUCCCCAUUCAUUUGAUUUCCUCAUAAAUGAGCCUGAGAAGUGUGAGAACAAUGCCCCUUUUCUCGUUAUUCUCAUCAGUACGACUCACAAAGAAUUUGACGCAAGACAAGCUAUUCGAGAGACAUGGGGAGAUGAGAACAACUUCAAAGGUAUUAAAAUCUCCACUCUCUUUCUUCUGGGAAAAAACACAGACUCUGUGUUAAACCAGAUGGUAGAGCAAGAAAGUCAAAUUUUCCACGACAUUAUCGUGGAGGACUUCAUUGACUCCUAUCAUAACCUGACUCUGAAAACACUAAUGGGAAUGCGGUGGGUGGCCACAUUUUGCUCAAAAGCCAAGUAUGUCAUGAAAACAGACAGUGAUAUUUUUGUAAAUAUGGACAAUCUUAUCUACAAAUUGCUAAAACCCAACACAAAGCCAAGACGGAGGUACUUCACUGGCUAUGUCAUCAAUGGAGGUCCAAUAAGGGAUGUCCGUAGCAAAUGGUACAUGCCUAGGGACUUGUAUCCGGAGAGUAACUACCCACCAUUUUGCUCAGGCACUGGCUAUAUUUUUUCAGCCGAUGUAGCAGAGAUGAUUUAUAAAACCUCCCUCCAUACUAGACUUCUUCAUCUUGAAGAUGUGUAUGUGGGACUCUGUCUGCGGAAGCUUGGCAUUCAUCCUUUCCAAAACAGUGGCUUUAAUCACUGGAAGAUGGCCUACAGCCUGUGCCGAUAUCGACGUGUUAUCACAGUGCAUCAGAUAUCUCCUGAAGAAAUGCACAGAAUUUGGAAUGACAUGUCAAGCAAAAAGCAUCUCAGAUGUUAGGACUUUUUACAGAUGUAAAUACUUUUUUUCCCCCAUCUGAGUAGAGAGGAAUCUGAUGGUAUGUUAUAACUGGAAACUGGGAUAUUAACUUCCAGGUGGGAGUGUCCUUUAAUACGUUGUAUUUGGUUGUUCUUUACAACUUUUACUUUGGGUUCAUACAAGCUGCAGGUUCUAUUGAUAAUGGUCUUAUUUCUCGUAAUCAGAAAGGUUAGAAUCACACCUGUCAACUUCAACCUUAUAACUGUAUACAUAAGAGGACAAUUGUAUAUCUAUUCCACUACAAAUCUGAAAUAGGAACCUUACUGUA